AUGAUGGAGUUAUUUAAACUGCUUCAUAUUGAAUACGAUCCUCAAAAAUUGGUCCUCUCAGAGAUGAAAGAGACGGCGAAAAAGGAGAUAGAAGAACAAAGUUCCGGCAGCGGAAAAUAUUCAAAUGGAAUAACGGGAUUUGAGGUCAUUGCAAUGGCUAAAGCCGAAGAUACGUUGAAAAGGGAAAGGCUGAGGGAAUCGUAUUUGGAGGUUGAUGAGUGUGUCAAGCAAUUGGAUCAGUAUGCGAUUGAGAUUCUGGACGUCUACUAUGGCGAUCGUGGGAUUUUGAAUGCUUUGGCAGAGCAGAAAAAUAGCUUAACCAACACAGAGUACAACGUUCUUAUUGCAGGUGAAAGUAGUGCUGGGAAAAGUAGUUUAUUGAAUCUUAUUCUUGGCGAAGAGCUUCUUGCACACCAUGUCUUGAGUACAACCUCGACAAUAUGCGAACUGAGGUUUGGGGAGGAACGAAAACUGGUCGUUCAUUAUAAGUAUAACGAAGAAACGAAGACACGUCCUUUGCCUGUAAUAUUCCCCUUGAAAUCCCAGGAAGAAUGCGGCAAAAUUUUUUAUGAUCAAAUCGCUCCCUUCGUGCAAAUGUCAAAUCAGCGAGAAAAAGGCUCCAAAUAUUCUAGAGUAGAAAUCUUUUGGCCGCAUGAAUUACUUAAGAAAGGAAUUGUUAUCAUUGAUAGUCCAGGCCUGGGUGAAUCUGAUGAAAUGGAUGAAGUUCUGAUGAAUUAUCUUCCGAAUGCUUUUGCAUUUAUCUAUGUUCUUGACACUUCCCACGCUGGGGGAAUACAAAAAGACUUGAAAGAAAAGUUGAUGAACAUCAUACAAAAGGUGCAGAAGUCUCAGACUGAAUGCAGUGUUGAAACAACCCUUCAACAUUUAGCCGAAUGCUCGCUUUUCAUCGGCAAAAAAUGGGAUCAAGUAGAAGAAGAUCAGAGAUCAACGGUGAAGAAACAUAUCGUCACAAAGCUGUGCGAGUGUUGGGAGUGUUCAAAUUUGAGUCAUCAAAUUGUGUAUAUGUCAAUAAAAGACGCCAUCAAAGUACAGGGAUAUGGUGGAGUCACACAGGAGUUCAACGAUUUACUUCAAAAAAUUAAGACGAUGAUAUUGAAGGCAAUAAAUGUCAGACUAUACAACCACUGGCUGUGGUUGUAUACAUUGCUGCACCAUAUUUAUAGAGUAACAUAUUUCUUCAAUCAAGAGGUUCAAUCAUUUCACAAGCAAACUCGUGAACGGAUGGAAUCAAUCGAAAAACGGGAAAACGAUUGA